AUGACAGGUCCCAUCCACACGUACGGCCCAUCAUGCCUUCUUGCCGAUGACGAACCCGACCUAGCUACUUGGCACUCUUCAGACUCUGCGCCAAAAGCCCGUCCCCAGUUCUUUUACGCGUCCUCGUUGCCAAUCGAUGAUCCUUUGACUGCCUUGCCUCCUCCUUCAGGCGGUCAAGAUUCGGGAAACGAACGAGCUCCACCCCAACCCUUUUCGGUCAAAGAUAAUAUCGUGCUAGAAGAGACAUGGCUAUCCAUACUACGAGCCGGGAAGCAGAAGGCUUCCGAGGCGAAACGGUCGCUGGAAGGCUCUGCGGUCUUGACAAAGAAAGGGGUCUCGGUACCCGGGCAAAGGUCCGUUCCUACAGACCGCAGAAGACCGACAGGAACGCGGGGGGAUAUAAGUCUGGCUGGCAGUGAAAGAAGCCAUGCAAGUCUUCCUGAUUUCUCUCUUGACGACCGCACACCACAGACCUUCGGAGUACGAUCCGGCUAUGAAUCCGGCAGUGUAGAAGCGGACAACAAAGAAUCAGGGGAAAGAGUACGCCCUCGCUCCAAAUUGGAUAACGCUGUGAAAAUCACCGAUGGGUCCACUCCGCUUAGUUAUCGAAAACGGGAUUUGUCUCCAAGCAGUGGAAACCUCAAGGCUACCAGACGCAAGACCAACGAGUCACCGCAGAGUGAGGACACGGCUAUUGAGGGGGUAGAAAGUGGGAGUCUGCGUGGCGGUUCCUCGCGCGACGGAAGUAUCAGCGGUUCCCCAUUCGCCAGAGCACCUUCAACAAGACCCCAAAGUCUGUUGGGACGCUCUGUGGAUUCUACUGCGUCCAAGGAUGGCAGCCAGGGGCUUCAAGCAGACGCCCCAGCCAAUGUGUCUAGUCACGUAGCUCCGAAACCCUCCGGGCUCAGGAAUAGCGCUCAUCCAGACGAGGCGCCUGGGGAUUCUAUAGAAGAGGAUGAAGAGUCAAGGGAGAAGGAAACGGCUCAGACGAAGAUUCCCGUGGGUGUAUCCCGUCUUCAUUUGGUGGAACUGCCCAAUCUGAAGAUGAAACCAAUAUACUGGAGUCCUCUACAUGACAUAUCAAGUGUCCUUCGCGCAACCUGGUUCUACAAGAACACUAUGCUACCAGUGGAAACAGACCUGGCCAAUAAACUCGAGGACGGUUACGUGUAUCUGAAGCCAUGGACCGAGACGUGGCAAGACGAGCUCAACAGUUGCGUAGAGAAUGGAGCCGAUGCAGAGAUGAAAAUUGUGCACCGGCUAUGGUCAAAGGAAGAUCUAAAAUCCCAAACCGCAUCUGCUGCGGCUCAGGAUCCGAGUACGUUAACUUCUCGCCCCGGGACGUCCGAAGCGCCGGAAAACGACAGAUCCGACGACACAAAUUUUGAUGAAAAUCGAGCUGCUGGUGGAUCGGCUGUUCAUUCUGAAGCUGUCAAGCCUUUCGUUCACUCGAGCGUCAUCUAUGUUGACGGAAAAGACGCACAGAUUCUUCGGCCUAGUUUACUUCCAUCAGUGGCUAGGGGAAGGAGACCGCUCAGUGCGAUUCGCAAAGGGCGGCAAAUAGGGAUCCCUGUAAUUCGAGGUUUCAGUAGGCGACUCUGGGAACAGCUGCAUCCGUCCAAGCCAAGUCCGGUUGAUGUCAGAAAUUAUCUCCGAAGCACUCAAUCGCGCACCAUGACCCGGACGAGCGGUGGCAGGCAAAUUUGCUACGCCUGUGCAAUGGAGGAGUCGCGGCCUUCUCCCACCGACCUGAUACUAGUCGUGCAUGGGAUAGGGCAAAAGCUUUCGGAGCGCAUGGAGAGCUUCCAUUUCACGCAUGCCAUCAAUGCAUUUCGUAGGAAUGUCAACAUGGAACUAAACAGCGAACCGGUCUGGCCGCAUGUACGGCAAGAUCAUGGCGGAAUAAUGGUUCUUCCUGUUAACUGGCGCUCUACAUUGUCUUUGGAUGACGCCAAUCUCGAGUCGCAGGCAGAUGACCCUACUGCUAAUCAUUUCACACUUAAGGACAUCACGCCGGACACAAUACCCGCGGUCAGGUCGCUGAUCAGCGAUGUCAUGCUUGACAUUCCGUAUUAUCUGUCACAUCACAAGCCGAAAAUGGUCCAGGCUGUUGUGAAAGAGGCCAACCGGAUCUAUCGACUCUGGUGUAAGAACAAUCCCGGGUUUCAGCAGAAUGGCCGGGUGCAUUUGCUUGCACAUUCUCUUGGGAGUGCGAUGGCACUGGACAUUCUGAGCCACCAGCCAACCACAAUCCCUGACUUUGAUUUCUCGAAAACUCCCCUUCGUGGAGACAUUUUCGAGUUCGAUACUAAGAAUCUCUUCAUCUGUGGGAGUCCAGCGGGAUUCUUCCUACUUCUCAACAAAGCAAAUCUUCUACCUCGACGCGGCAGAGAUAAACCUGGCUGUGAAGGGGAUGACCGUCUUCGUGGAGUUGCCGGAGACGCAGACACAUAUGGGUGUCUAGCUGUAGAUAACCUCUACAACAUCAUGCAUACCACAGACCCAAUUGCAUACCGUGUCAAUGCCGCAGUCGACAUCGAUCUAGCAAAUUCCUUGAAAACCGCCUCCAUCCCCAGCUCCUCUGCUUCGUUCUGGCAAUCCUUCGGCAGUGUCUUCCGCUGGAGCUCGCCACCUUCUUUCACGUCUUCCACGGCCACCUCCUCUCGCCCAGCCGCUGUCGCUAAGCUCCCUUCAAACGUUGAACUCGAGACCCACGACUUCACCCGCGAAGAAAUCGCUGAGAAACGCAUGCUCCUGCUCAACGACAACGCGCAAAUAGACUACUUCCUCUCCGGCGGCAGCGGUCCCUUGAACAUUCAGUACCUGAACAUGCUGAGUGCCCACAGCAGCUACUGGACGCUCACUGACUUCGUCCGGUUCCUUGUGAUUGAAAUUGCCCGGAAACAAGGCAAGGAUUCAACACUGCCUGCGUUGCGGGCGGAAAAGAAGAAAGGGUGGAAAUAUAAUAAAGGAUGA